AUGGAAAACAAUGUUUCCUUUGAUGAGAAAGUUAUUGUCUUGGGAGAAGAUUUUAGACAAGUUUUACCAGUUAUCCCCCAUGGUUCUAGACAGUUUACAAUACAAAACUGGCAAGAAAAAACAAUUUUAAAUUUAUACACAGUGUCAAAAGAAUGUGACGAUUUUCUGUUUCCUACACAAUUUUUAAAUAGUUUACAUUUAAGUGGUUUACCUCCACACAGUUUGGUACUAAAGCAAGUUACUAUUGGAAUACUCUUGAGAAAUUUAAAUGUAGUGUCCAAUCUAAUGAAUGGUACAAGAUUUAUUGUACGAAAUAUGUACGAUCAUUAUUCAAACUUGGAAUCUAUAACUGGCCAAGGAAAUGGUCAGGGUAUAUUAUUGCCUGGAAUUAAUUUAACCCCGUCAUAUUCUACUCUUCCUUCUUCAUUUACCAGACGUCAAUUUCUAAUAAGAAUAGUUUUUGCCAUGACAAUAAACAAAGCACAGGUUCAAAUAUUGGAUAAAGUAGGAUUCUACUCCAACCUUUAUUUAGUUAUGGUCAACUUUAUGUUGUCAUAUCCAUAG